GUCCUGAUAACCUAACGCCAACGUGACAUAGAAGGUGCUUGCCUUCGGCACCGUUGUGAUUCGCCAGCGCGAGUCAGCAAGCAUGGAGAUGGGUUCAGUCACAGGGCUUGGCGGGGAGACCGCAACACUCGACCUGAGCAAGGGUCUUACUCCACACUACUACUUCAACUUUGGCGUGUACCUGCAAGUGGUCGGCGAGCGGCGUAGCACGCGCGCCGAGGAGCGCGUCCUUCACUUCGACCUCAACUUCGGCGCCCUUAAGCUGCUGUCCAAGGAGAGUCUGAAGCUGACCAUCAAGCUAGACGUUAUCAACCAGAUCAUCUUUGACGACAGUGAGCCCCGCACCGUCCUCAUCUCCUGCCAUGACGACCGGCGCUAUCUGCUGGACUUCCAGAACCCCGAGGAGAACCUGUUGUUCAGGACCGCGUAUGCGGCGGUGGUGGAGAACACCUUUGACAUCAGCACCUUCAACCGCUCCCUGCUGCUCAAGGGCCCGGUGCAGAAGAAGACUAUGCGCGGCUUCCAAGAUCGGUACCUGAUCCUGGUCCCCCGCAAGCUGUACAUCAUGUCCUCCAAGACCGCCAUCUACCCGCGCUCCGUGCUGUCACUGCUGGACGCCAACCCCCGAUACGAUGAGGCGCGCGGCACUGUGCACCUGGAUGUGAUGGGCAAGGAGUACGUGUUCAGGGCCACAGGCGGCGGAACAGCAGCAGGAGGAGGAGGAAGUGGAGGUGGAGGUGGAGGCGGCGGGGAGGGUCACUCGCGGGAAGAGACGCUGGAGUGGUUCGUGGCGCUGGCGCACGGCUGCGGCCUGCCGCCCAUGUUCAUGGAGGAAGAUAACGGCGGCGGCGGUGGGUACGGCCCUUCCCAAUUCCAACAGCAGCCCUGGCACCAGAACCCCGCACAACACGGCCCCGGGCCCGGGCGCAGCCCGCGUGGUCCUGGCUCUGUGGGCAGUGCUGCCGGCUUCGGCGCUUACGGUAAUGGCGGCGGCGCUGGCGGCGGUGAGUAUUACGGCAACGGCGGCGACGGGGCGGUGUCGGAGGCGGGCUCGGUACGCACGGCCGCAAGCCGUUACACCAGCGGCGGGUUCAGCUACACGGCGGGGGUGGGUCCGGGCGUCGGCGGCGGCGGCGGCGGCGUGGCGGGCAGCCCGGUGGUGCAGGCGUAUGCGCGGCUGGGUAGCAUGAAGUCCUACCGCCACACGGCCGCAAGCCCCGGCUUCCUCAAGCGGUCGGCCACCGGCGGCCCGCCGCCAGGCAGCGUCUCCGGCCCCUCGGGCGGCGGCGGCGGCGUCAUCCCCCUUCCCGGUAUGCCACAGCCAGCGCGCGACCGCGGCGGCGACCGCGGCGGCGGCGGCGGCGGCAUCGCGGCUUGGCACGCCGCCCAGUCCCUAGGCGGCGGCGCCGGCGGCAGCGGUGGCGGCGCCCGGCCUCCUCCGCCGCCUGGCAGCGACAUGGGCGGUGACGGCAACGGCGGUGGCAACGGCGGCUACCGGAGCCCGGGCGUGUCUCCCGGCCGACUGGCUCGGAACGGCAGUCUGCCAGGGCCGCUGCCGCUGCGUGCGGGUCUGGUGCGCUCGGGGCGCAACGGCAGCUUGCCUGGGCCGUGGAACACGCCGCCGCAGCCGGGCGUGGAGGUGCAGUACCGCUUCGAGGGUGUGACCGGCCCACCGCCCACCGGCUCGCCCGCCUCCUUCUACGACCGCCACACCGCCACAACCGCCCGCGGCAUCAUGCGAGACAAGUCCAACACAUCGCCCUGGAUCACAGACACAGCCGGCGGAGGCGGAGGCGGAGGCGGCAGCCCGUACGACGGCACGCCACGGCCGCGCACACCACCCGCGCCACGGCACGCCCCCUCGCCCCAGUCGCAACAACAACACCAGCCGCAGCGUGCGUACCAGCCCCGCUCGGGACCUGACAACGGCGGCGGCGGUGGCGGAGGUGGAGGCGGCUAUCAAGGGCAGCAGCGUGGCGGUGGCUACGGCCGCGAGGGCGGGUGGCGCAGUGGCUACAACAACACGGCCGAUUACGUGGGAGAUGUGUACGGCACCGAUGUGGAUGGGCUUGAUGAGGAUCCAGAGGAGGAGUACGAGUACGGACAAUACGCCGCGUCUGACGGCGGCCGUGGCGGCGCCGACCGGGCCCGCCGCGGAGGCGGCGGCGGCGGCGGCCGCGCCGCCGAGGGCGCCAGGCGUCACCGCAGCAAGGCGGCCCGAGGCGGCGGCGAUGGUGGCGACAGCAGUGAUGUGAGUUCCCGUGACGCCACGCCGCCGCGUCGCCGAGGCAGCGCCGACGAUCACCGGGGCCACGGCCGCGGCUUGGAGACCCCCUCGCCGCCCGUGCCGGCGCCACAGGCGCGCCACGGCAGCGCCAGCAGCACCGGCAGCGGCACCAGCAGCGGCAACGGCGGCGGCGCUGGCGGCGGCGGUGCCGGCACUGCCGCUGCCACGGGCCGCUACGCCAGUCCGCUGGGCUCGCGCUCAGCCCACAAGGCCUCCCUGCCCACUGUCUACGAGCGCGGCGACACCGAUGGCGAGUCGCCCCGACCCUCGCCUCAGCACUCCAACCACCAGCAGCAGGCUUCGCAGCUCGCAGCGGCGGCCGCGGCCGCCGGCGCCGCGCUCAGGACCGCUCACCACUCACCGCCGCAAGGCUCUCCACCUGUCGCCGGCAGUGUGCCACUGCCACCGCCGCCUCCGUCGCCGCCUGUGGCAGCGGCACCGCCGCCGUCAGGCCCGGACCCCUUCGAGCUCCUGGCUGACAUACAAGCGCGCCUCCGCAGCCUGUCCGCCGAGUCGAACGCGGCGGCGGAGGCGGCGGAGGUCGCAGCCAAGCUUGGCAGCGCCGCCACCGCUGCCGCCGCCGCCGCCGGCAUCAACGGCGGGCUGUCCGCCGCCACCGUGGCGGCGCUGAACGCCGCCGCCGCCGCCACCCACGUGGCGCCCACCACGGAGGGCCGUACGGCGGCGGCGCCGUGGUCUCACUCGCCGCUGCCGUACCAGGUCCGCAACACGACGGGCGAGGACGUGAGCAGCACGUGGCUGCGCAACCGCCAGAUGUCCGCGUGGAGCACAGGCACGACAGACCAUGCGUCCAUCAUGACGCCUCAGCAGCUGCAGCAGGCGCAGCUGCAGCAGGCGCAGCAGCAGGCGCUCGCACGCACUGCCGCCGAAUCCUCCGUCGCGCCGCCACUGCACACGUACACCUCCUCCUCCACCACCGCCACAUUCGCCAGCGCCGCAGCCGCUGCGGGCCCCUACGGCACUGCUCCGCUCCCACCCGGCUACAGCUCUGCCUCUGGCAGCCCUGCAAGUGGCCCUGGUGGCUACCCUGGCGGCAGCGUCAGUGCCGCCGCGGGAGGUCGCGGCCUGCCUCUCACGUCGCUGUCCGCGAUUCAUGGCCUGCCAGCGGCGGGCGCGACGGCGGCGGGCGGAGAGCCGUGGCGGGCGCCGGCGCAGUCGCUGGGGACGCUGGCGGCCGCCGCGGCGGCGGCGCGGGGCGUGGGCCUGGGCGGCCCCAAUGCCUGGCGGCUGCGGGCGGAGGUGAUUGACACGCCGCUGCUGAAGCCGUCCGUGAUUGCGCGCAACAACAGGUACCUCCGCGGCCGCAUGCAAUCCAUCGCCUGCCGGGAGGACGACGACCCGCUGGCCGGCCACCGCCGAGCCCUGGCGCUGCUGCAGUGGACCUUCGCCAACUACGAGUCGCUGACGAGGGACGGCCGAAACAUGGAGCCGCAGGUGUUGCUGGCGGCGGCGGACGACGAGAUGUCCCCGGGCCACCAGUCGUCAUCCGGGCUUGGCGGUGGCGGCGGCCCGCAGUCGACGAUGUUCCGCAGCCGCCGCGACCGCAUCGCCUCCGCCCUCACGGACUGGUUGCACCUGCGCCGCGCACAGCCCUCCCUGCCAUGGACCCCGAGGGCCCAGCCCCGCACUCCCAAUGCUACAGCCGCUUCCGCCUCCGCUGCUACUGCCAGCAGCCCACGGCAGCGGCAGGCGCCGGAGCUGCAGCCGCAACAACAGGACCGGUCGGCUGGAGAUGGUGUGGAGGCCAGGUGGCAGCGCGACAGCGGCCGGCGGUCACCCUGUCCCACCGGGCGCGCGGCCCUCAGCAGCGCACCCCGCCUGCAGCAACAGCAGAGGCAGCCGUCGCCGCCACGCGACCGCCGCGACUCGUAUUCUUCAUUUGCCUCCGACACAGACGCCGACGUCGGCCGUGGCGCCGGCCGCGGCCGUGAUGACGGCAGCCACCGGCAGCGCAGCAGUCCCGAUACACGCCAUGGCCGUCGUCAGGCUGAUGGCCCUGCAUCUGCUGACGAGGAUGAGGAUCUGCAUCUGCACCAGCAUCUGCGUCACCAUGAGACUCUGGAUCUGGACUUUGAGAUGGAGGGCGCGGAUCCCGGCAGCGAUCUGUUGGACACGUGUGACAGGUGCGGCAGUCCACUGCGCGGCCAGGAGGCGCCGGCAGCUGCAGCUGCAGCAGGCACCGCACGCGGCGGCAGAGAUGCCGGCGCCGCCGCCGCCGGCGGGGGCCGUGGAAGGUCAGACGGAGGCGCUGCUGACGGCAGCGGUGGUGUUGGCGGCAGCGGCAGCGGGCGCAGGCAAGCAGCUGCUACGUCGCCGUCACGCCGCCGCGCCAGCGGCCGCACGGAGGGUCCGGGCCCUGCGGCACACGGGGAGGCGGCCCGGCCGCCGCGUGGGCCCUCAGCAGCGGGCGGCGCGGCGGGAGCGGGCGCUGGGCCCUCCCGUCCUGCUGCCUCCAAGUAUACAGAGCUGCUGAAGCAACACAUGCGCGCCUCACCCAAGCCUGGCACAGGCGCUGGUGCGGGCGUGGGUGCGGGCGCCACGCCGCCUCUGCGCCGGCGCCGCAGCAGUCGCUCGGUGUCGAGUGACUGUGAGUCUGUGGGCAUCUCUUCGGCCUACUCCACCGGUAGCACCAGCGCCAGCACCGGCGCCAGUGCUCGACUGCUGCUGCUGCAGCAGCAGAUGCAGCAGCGGCAGGGGCAGGGGCAGGGGCAGGCCCAGCAGCAGCGGCCGCUGCGGCGCAGCGGCAGCGGCAGCGGUGGGGAGCGCGGUUACGGAGGCCAGGACCGACAGGGACGGGGCAGCAGCGAGUCUCACACCAAGGGGAAGCAGCAGCAAACGCACCAGCCCCACCAUCAAAUGGCGCAGCAACAGCAACACAGGUCGCAGGCGCAGCAAGCGCCCACGCGCAUCUCACUCAGCGACUUUCCCACGCUACCUGCCCAGCACGCGUCCGGUGCCGUCGCCGCCGGUGUGCACAGCAUGUUCGCCGCCGGGCCCUCCCAGCCUCAGGGCUACAGCCAUGUCGCCAUUCCCGGUGGCGCUCGAGUCAGCGUCAACGGCGGGGCGGGCGGCAGUGGCGGCAACACCAGCAACACCAGCGGCUACGGCGGAAACGCCGCCGUGCUGGAGCUGCAGCAAGACAUCUCCAGCGUCCUUCCUGGCAUGUCGCUCACACUGCGUGUGCGGCGCCCCAACAGCCCCUCGACUGCCACUGCUACUGCCGCGGCCGCGGCCGCAGGUGCAGGUGCUACAGCCGCAGCGCCCGCGCCCGGCUUCAGCUUCCGGCCGGCCUCGGCGCCGUCGCCGCGCGGCGGCUCGGCCACGGGCAGGAACACGCCGAACGCCGGGCCGGCCUCGCCGCCGCAAUACCAGCAUGCGCUGCAGUACCACCAGCACCCCCAGCAGCCCCCCCAGCUGCCCCAUCACCACCAGCAGGCACAUGAGGAGCCGGUCACGUGGUCCCAGCUGCACAGCCUGCUGCAAACACACCUGUACGGCGGCAGCGGCGUCGGCGGCGGAGGCGGCAGCGGCGCCCUCGCCAGUGACCCUGCCGGUGGCAGCAGGGCGGCGUGGGAGGAGCCGACGUCAGUGGCUUCGGCGCCGGACGGCCCGGCGGCACGCGCGCUGGCGGCCGCGCUGGCGGAGGCGGCGGCGACCGUGCCUGGCUCCGCCGCCACUUCGGCUGGCGGCGCGCCCAUGUCUCCCUCUGGUGAGGCCUACCGGCCCAUCAGCAACCCCUUGUUCAACUUCUCCUCCGCAGAAGCCAGCCCUGACGCACCCGCUUACAAUGGGCGCGGCGACGGCUACGCGCACCACCAGCACCAGCAGCACCACCACCAGCACCAGACCGCCGAUGGCACCCAAGGAGAGACUGCUUGUGGUGUUGGCGGCGGCGACCUGGCUGAGCUGCUGCGGGCACUGCAGCAGUCGGGACUGGCGCUGCCUGCUGACGAGGCAGCUAUCGUCGCCGCGCUGCGAGCCGGGGCCCAGCGCGACGCACGCUCAGCUCCCCCUCAACACAGCCCGCCUCGCGCUGCGCCGCGCGCCGCCAGCCCGCCACACCUCCCGCACCCCCACCAACCUGCUCCCCACCACCACCACCACCACCGCCAGCCCGACCUCCAGCACUACCUCGGCUCCCCGGCCGCCGCGCCCGCCUCGCCGCUCCGCCGCCCCUCUAUCAGCCCCAUGACACCGGAGGCCUCACGCUCCAUCCAACACGCCGCUGCCAUGGCCGCUGAGGCCGCCACCAGUGCCGUCACUGAGGCCAUGUCCGCACUUGGCCGCAUAGGCAGCAGCUACAGCCGGGGCACAGCAGGAGGAGGCAGCGCCGGCGCCUCGCCGCCGCGGCUGUCGGCCGGCGGCGGCGUGUCGGGAGCAAUGGCGGCGCUGCCGUCGCAGCAGCUGCAGCAGCAGCGGGUUCGGGCCGCGUGGCGGCACGGUGACGGUGCGGGUGGUCAGGAGCACACAGGAUUGGCGGAGGUGGAUUGGCCGCGGCGGGAGUGGGCGCGGGAGCUGGAGCGCGAUGCCGCCGCCGCGGUGACGGCGAGGCCGCAUCACGAUCUAGCUGCUGACGGUGUCGGAGGUGCUACUGGUGCUGGUGAGGCGGAGGAGCUGCUGCACGCCGACGCCUCGCACAGUUAUGAUGAUGGGAGUGACGUGCGUUCAGUAGACGGACACCAGGGCGGCGGUGGCUCCGCGGCUGCAGGUGCUGCAGCUGCUGCUGCGGGCGCUACUGCCGGCGGCAUGGCCUACCGCGCCCAGUCGCUGCAGUCGCUGCUACAGCUUGUGAACACGGGCCGUGUGCCGCACGACCAGCUGCUGGGGCUGCUGGCGCAUGGCGGCCUGAGCUCUGUGCUGCGGCAGCCGCAACAGCCGCAGCAGCUGCAGUAAGAGUAACAGAAAGAGGCUGCCGGUGAACGUAGUGACGCAAUUGAGGUCACUACUUGUGGUGCUACCACCGCGUAGGGGGUUUCAGUUCUUGGGCGUGUGAGGCCGGCCGCCGUGCGCUCCAGGAUUGCCUGUGUGACUGUGGUUACAGUGAGGUGGUGUGUGUGUGUGUGUGUCCGCGUCCGCAUCUGGAGGGGGCGGUGGAGUACAGACACUCAACGGGCGGCACAGAGCGAACAAUGGUACUGCUGUGUGCCGACUUUGGACGGACUUGAGGUUAUACCGUAUUUGGUACACACAACGCAUGACACGAUGAGGCUAGCAAACAUUGCCGGUGUAAUGUUCUAAAUGUUCA